CCGCAGUCUCUGGUCAUCCCUGUACUGUGUCCGCAGUCUCUGGUCAUCCCUGUACUGUGUCCGCAGUCUCUGGUCAUCCCUGUACUGUGUCCGCAGUCUCUGGUCAUCCCUGUACUGUGUCCGCAGUCUCUGGUCAUCCCUGUACUGUUAAUUAGUUUGCACUACUGUACGAGUUUUUUUUUCUAAACCAAAAGCUCGAUAUUCAGGUUUCAUUGCAGUGUUGGCACUUUGAAAGAAAUAAGUUGGUUUUGGGUUGCAGUUUGGGCACUUGGGCUCAAAAAGUGGUUUUUUUUUUUUUUU